GAUGAGGCAACCACGUGACGUGAGUCGGGGAGACUAGUUCCUCUCCGAUAUAUGAUCUCCCAUGUGGAGAUGACUUCUUCAAACAACUUGAUAUCGCCAGUUUUCUUACUACAUUUACUCCAAUUUGAGUCAUGAGAAGGUACCAGGGAGGGGGUUAGACGAAUUUCGUAUAUUGAUUCAUGUUAUGUUCGCAAAGGAAAUCUCCUUUUCUUUCGAGUUUGUUGCCAUUAGCCACCUACAACUUCACGACCAAGACUAGACACCAAGUCGCUCGCCAACUACUUUUCCACCACACACACGCGAGGCUACCCAUGAACCAUGCGGACGACGUUGGCUUUGCUCUCAGCACAUAUUCCCAAAUCAACCUCUAACCAGUCACUCAUUCGUAUCAGCAAUGGCACAUUUUAUCGAGAUCAUCCCUCGCUCGAUCCUGACACUGUCUCGUCCAACCCACCUCUCUACCCAGGGUUGACAUUUACUCUCCCUGCCACUCCCCUCUCCGAGCGGAGGGCAGGAUCAAGAAGAGACCAGCAUUGGGCAGUCAUCUCUCCGACAGACAGUACAACCUUCCUAGAGCUUCUUCGAGGCAGCCAUCUCUGCUUCCCGCCCGAGGCACGAUCGUUCCCUUACCUGUCAUCAGAAGAGGUCGACCGUCGAGAUCACCGACUCCGCGUCCCCUCACGCGCUAUUCAAUAUGUCGGUUUCAAUGCCACCAAGGGCCAAUCCUCGCCAGGCGGAGUUCGAGGUGCCUACCUGAGUGCUCGGUACGAGAGUCGCCGUGAGGAAACUGACUGGACUCUUCUCCAAUAUCUCAAAGGCGAGACUGAGCUUAAUCCAGAUGAGGUCUCGGCACAAGAGCGACACGUCGAUGAUGCAUUCUUGCAGAAGGUCAUGUCGGACUUGCGCCUGCACAAGCUUGCCGAUAUGCCUGUCAGUCAUUUGAGCAACGGGCAGACGAGGAGAUCACGAAUUGCCAAAGCUUUGUUGGGCAAGCCAGAACUCCUGCUGCUAGAUGAACCUUUCAUGGGCCUCGAUCCUCCGACCUCGGUGACCCUCUCACCCAUCUUGCGCGACCUAGCCUACAAAUCUUCACCUCUCUUGCUGCUGGGUCUACGGCCACAGGAUCCUAUUCCAGAUUGGAUCACUCAUCUUGUCAUUCUCGGGCAUAAUCACACCAUGCCUCUCCAGGGCCCCGCCCCCCACGUUCUCUUUCAACUGCACAGAUGGACCGAGUUGUAUUCCAAGCAUCACUCCGCACAAACACACUCUGAAAAUCCAAAUGAUGCUCUUGCACAAGAGUUUGUGAAAAGCAUGACCAAGGCAUUCGGCCCGCCACCUCUCGGUGUAGGCGAUAUUUUGUCUCAAACAGGUAUCCGUCGACACCCCGUCUAUGCCGAGUUGAAUGCCGGACCAAACUACUUCCUCUCAGAUGGUGCUGUGGACGUUUCCAAGGUAUCAUCGCCUGCUGAAAAACGAGCCGCAGAUGCCGCCAGGGAGAAGCCCUUGGGUCGCAGGACCCCUACCGACUGGCUCGCACUCAUGACCUCUCCACCCUCUGGUCUCCUGGAAAAGGUCACCCAGGCUCAAGUCACCGCUUCGUCUACGUCGAGCCAACAAGACCCCAGCUCCUGGGACGCUCAGUCCACAAAGAUCCAACCCACUGAGCCAAGUCCAACUGCAAAAGGUCAACCUCUUAUCGAGCUAUCCUCAGUCAUCGUACGAUACGGCAGCAAAACAGUACUCGGUCAUCCACCCCCACAACCCGGCUACGACACACCUGGUCUCAACAUGACCAUUCGACAAGGCACACGACUCGCCCUCCUCGGUCCCAACGGAUCAGGAAAGACCACGCUCCUCAGUCUCUUGACUUCCGACCAUCCGCAAUCCUACAGCCUACCCAUCCAGUUCUUUGGCCGCAGCAGACUCCCCACACCAGGUCAGCCGGGACUGUCCCUGUGGGAAAUCCAGAACCGAAUUGGUCAUUCCAGUCCCGAAAUCCACGCUUUCUUUCCCAAACACUUGACCGUCCGUCGCGUCCUCGAAAGUGCAUGGGCCGAGACAUUCGCUGGGAAACCAUCAUUGACGCAAGAACGAGAAUCCCUCGUCGAUGCUUUCUUACGCUGGUGGGCACCUGAAUUGCGUCAAACGAGUAGUGUUGACAACGAUGCAACAAAUUCCCACAUCCCCGACGACGACCUCAUCUGGUCAACAGACAAAACACACCAUACAUACGGCCAACUUCCAUUCCCCGCCCAACGGCUCCUGUUACUCCUGCGCGCUAUCAUUAAACAACCAGAUAUAAUUAUCCUCGACGAGGCAUUCUCAGGCCUAUCAGCCGAAACGAGGGAUAAAGCCAUGCGGUGGUUGGAGUUUGGACAAGCCGACACUCAAUUUCCGCGUCGAGACGAUGAACAUGUCUUUAAUGGGUUGACGCCCGCGCAAGCAUUGGUUGUCGUGUCGCAUGUUAAAGAGGAGAUUCCUCCGAUGGUCGACGAGUGGCUGCGUCUCCCGGGCGAGGACGAAGUGUAUGAGUCUGGUAAGGGUGUUGAGGGCGGUUUUGUUGCCAGAGGAGGGAUCAGUACGCCGGAUGGGUGGAGACGGGUUUGGGGAGUGUGAAGAUCAGGUUCUUUUGUAUACUAGAAUCUAGGAUCUAGAAUCUGCUGGUUUGUAGAAACAUGAUACACGUCGAAAACAGUUAGGUACGG